AUGGGUCGUCUUUCUUUUCUGAUAAAAUGGCAUCAACUUCACAAGCCGUUGAAGUUCUUGAUUUUGCUCUUGGUCUUGUUUUCAUCUGAAAGAGAUGUCGUUUUGGGUUCUGGUUCGGAUAGAUCUGCUCUCUUGGAGCUGAAGGAUUCAAUUUCGGAUCCUUAUGGUGUGCUGACCAGCUGGAAUUUGAAUAACCGGGAUCACUGCUUGUGGGCCGGGGUCUUAUCGAUGCCCUUCAAUGAAUUGAGUGGUUACAUUCCUGUGGAGAUUUGGGGUAUGGAAAAGCUUGAAGUUCUUGAUCUUGAAGGAAAUUUAAUUUCUGGGUCGUUGCCAUCCCAGUUUAAAGGCUUGAAAAUUUUAAAAGUUCUUAACUUGGGAUUCAAUGAGAUUUUUGGGGGAAUGCCAAGUUCACUCUUGAAUUGUAUGGGUCUACAGAUCUUGAAUUUAGCUGGAAAUCAAGUGAAUGGAUCUAUUCCAAGGUUUAUUGGUGAGUUUAGAAAUUUGAGGGGGCUUUACUUGUCAUUUAAUCUGCUUGGUGGUUCGAUACCUGGUGAUGUUUGGGAUAAUUGUGGAAAGCUUGAACAUCUGGAGCUGGCAGGGAAUUUCUUCACUGGAAGCAUUCCAAAAAGUCUUGGAAAAUGUAGAGGGCUGAAGACACUUCUGCUGAACAAUUUCGGUGGUGCUAUACCAUCUGAUCUUGGCAAUUGUACGAUGUUAUCUGUCCUUGUGUUGUCAAACUUGUGGGAUCCUCUUCCCAACAUCUCUAGUUUUAGAAGUGAUAUCUCAACUGAAAAGUUGGCACUUAUUGCUGAUGAGUAUAAUUUAUACGAAGGCACAAUUCCAGCUGAAAUUACUAGUCUUUCAAGCUUGAGGAUGGUAUGGGCCCCUCGAGCAACUCUUGAUGGAAAGUUGCCUGAUAGUUGGGGUUUUUGUGCCAACUUGGAGAUGUUGAAUUUGGCUCAAAACUAUUACUCAGGGAAAGUCUCUGAGGGGUUAGCAACUGCAAGAAACUGCAUUUUCUUAACUUGA